UAGUUCGGUUUUCCAGUUUAUGACUUCCACGCUCAGACGCUCUGAUCCUUCGCUGCUUCUGCACCAUGGGAAACCGGAUGAAAGCUCCCUUGAUUCUUCUUCUCUGCUUGGAGAUGAUGGCGUUCGUUGUCCUCUCCCUGGCCUCCUCUUCAGUCCCCAAUAACGCCUACCCGUCGGCAUUCGGUGACGAUUCUGGUUCCGGUUCUUGUGCGCCGAGAGAGGGCGUUCUUGUACCUCCUCGGAGGGAAGUGUAUGACGAGGGAAGGAUCUUUGACAUCAGCCAUAAAUACAGAGAGGACAUGCCCACCUGGGGUUCCUCAGAGGGGCUGGGACGGUUCCUUUGGCUUCCUGCAAGCAUGAAGAAUGGAUCCCUUGCCAACAACUCCGAGAUGAAGAUGCCAACCCACACCGGCACCCACGUCGAUGCCCCAGGGCACGUCUUCGAUCACUACUUCGAUGCUGGUUUCGAUGUUGACAGCCUCGACCUUGCCGACCUAAACGGUCCUGCACUGUUAGUUGAUGUUCCAAGGGAUAAAAACAUUACUGCGGAUGUUAUGAAAGACCUAAAUAUUCCUAGAGGUGUACGUCGUGUUCUCUUCAGAACAUUAAACACUGACAGGCGACUUAUGUGGAAGAAGGAGUUUGACACAAGCUAUGUUGGAUUCAUGAAAGAUGGUGCCAAAUGGCUAGUGGAGAACACUGACAUCAGGCUUGUGGGAACUGACUACUUAUCUGUUGCUGCCUAUGAUGAUUUAAUUCCUUCCCAUCAUGUCUUUCUAGAAAGCAGGGAAAUCAUUCUUGUCGAAGGCCUGAAGUUGGAUGACAUCAAGCUGGGAAUAUAUUCUGUGCAUUGCUUACCUUUAAGGUUACUUGGUGCUGAGGGAUCACCGAUAAGAUGCAUUCUCAUCAAGUGAUAAAUUUUUCUUGUAAGUUUCAUGUAGCAAAGUAUUUAUCAAAGUUGUUUCUUCUAAAACUGUAAUAUGUUUUCGAUUUUUGCACUUUUGACACAGUUGAAAAAGUAUAAUACUACAUAUUGUAUUAUUAUUUUUAUGUAAAGAACUCAAGAGGGACCUAUAAUUUGGGC